GCUACCGCGGAAGUGACGCGCGGCGCCGGAAGUGGACGCGCACGUGCGUGCCAUGUGGGAGCGGUGCGGCGCGUGUGUAUGUGUGCCGCUUCUUGUGGGUAGCUCGGUGUGUGACGCGCCCCUGACCAGACGCUAUGGACUCGUACGGGAUGAUGAUUCGCCCGCCGAACGCCUCCACGGUCUGGCGCGGUCCGCCGCCUCCACCGCCUCCCCAUUUCAGCGGGCCGCCCUGGUCAGGGCCUUGGCCUGCGUGGAGACCGCACUUUCCUAGCGGACCCCCCUGGAUCAGUGGUGCCCAACCCGGGCCUCACAGCGGCCUCCCAUCCGGGCCUCCACCCGGACCUCCACCAGGAUUUGGUUGGGGGAACCAGUGGGGAUCUCCCCCUCCCAGACACGGGGGACCGGCAAAAGGCGGCAGCGGCGGCGGUCAUGGGGUUCGUGGAGGUCGUAGGGGUCGUGGUGGCAACCACCCACAGCGUUUCGCGUCUCCACAUGGCCAGCCGCAACAUCCCGCGUCAGACCGGGAUGACGACAACCACCAGGGCCCCCCUAAACGCAAGAAAAAGAAGAAGGAGCCAGUGUACACCCACUUUUGCGACACCUGCGACCGUGGGUUCAAGAACAAGGAGAAGUAUGACGAGCACAUGUCGCAGCACACCAAGUGCAAGGUGGAAGGCUGUACCUUUGAAGCUCACGAGAAGCUGGUGCAGAUUCAUUGGAUGAAUAGGCACGCACCGGGUGCCAAAAGGUUCAAGCUGGAGACGGCGGAGGACAUCGCGAAGUGGAGAGAGGAGCGACGGAAGAACUUUCCGACCACCGUGAAUGUGGCUCGCAAGAGGGUGCUGAACGAAGAGAGGGAGGCCAGAGGAGACGUUUUGACAACAGCGCAGUUUGGGAGGAUGCGCGGUCGCGGGCGGUGGCGGGGCCAUGCAACGUGGAGGCACAGGGAGCGUCCGGGUGGCCCGGGGGGCGACUGCAACCGCAACGGCGUAGAGCGACGUACAACCCCCACCCCGAGUCAAGGAUGGUCCGGCCCGUCGGAGACGAGCCAAUCGGCAGCCAGCGACGAGGACCGCGUGGGGAAAGCCGCAAAGGCCUAUGGGAAAGAGGUUGACCCGCUGAGCAUUCUGGCAGACAGCGAUGGAGACUCGGACAGGGAGGAGAAGGCUGCGGCGGCGGCGGCGGCGGCUGUCGGCGCCAGCACCAGCGCCGUGAUUCCGUGCCGCGUGACGGCUGGGCUCGGCGCGCUCAUGGCAAACUACGGAAGUGACUCGGACAGCGCGGGCGACGACGAGCCGCCCCAAGAGCUGUCGUCCAAACGGCCCGAGGCUAAAGAACCGGAGCGACGCUUCCCGCCCAGCAAGGCCGCCGAGAAGUCGCUGGGCGGCGGCGCGGAGCCGCCCGGAACCCAAGCGCAGGACAGCGGGGAUCUAGCAGCGGAGAAGCCAAGAGUUCCACAGUUGCAGGGCGGCCGCGGGCAGGGUGGUGACGGGCAGGGCGGCGACGAGCGAGGCGGCCGUGGGCAGGGCGGUCACGGGCAGGGUGGCCGCUGGCAGAGCGGCCAUGAGCAGGGCGGCGGCUGGCAGGGCGGCCAUGAGCAGGGCGGCCGCUGGCAGGGCGGCCGCUGGCAGGGCGGCCGCUGGCGAGCAGGCGACCGCGGGAAGGGCCGAGGGAGGGGCCGGGGCGCCUACGGACGUGGACAAAUGGCCAAGCCUCGGCCCACGCUGCUGGCAAUGCUGCUGGCACCAGACAUGAGGAAAGAGAGGAACGCCAUCCUGCAGUGCGUCCGCUACGUCGUCCAGAGAGGCUUCUUCGCGGCGACCGGCGAGCGGAGGCCCAGCGCGGGAAGUCGCGCCGAUUCGGCCCCAUCGAACGACGCCGAGCCGACGGGCGUGGCCGAGAGGUCGGAGGUGACAGGUCACCGCGACUCCGAGGAGCGCCCCGUCGAUGUUGCAACGAUCUCAAAAGAAACGGCGGUCGACCACGACGCCAGGGCCAGCGAGGAGAUCUGGGAAACUCCGCCCUUGGUGGAGGUGCCCACUUAGGAUGUUCCGCUUCCCCAUGCACAAACUCGGCGAAAAGAGAGGGAGAGAGAG